UAAGCAACAUCAUUUCUGCUAUCUUUCCGUUUAAAUUCCGUCAAUAUCAUGUGAAUAAAAAAUUAAAACGUUAGAUAACAGGAAGAGCCAUAGAAACCGAGCCAUUGAAAUCGAAACAUUUUGUAACGCAAACAACGACGAAGCUAGUGGAAACAAAAAAAACAAACACUUUUUAGCCGAAACGAACUGAAUACGAAAAUGGGAAUGUGUUUUGAUUGUGGAAUGAUGCAAACGCAUCUUAAAUAGGAACACAAAGAACAUGAAACCUACAUAUCAAGAUAAGGUUAAUCGGUUGUGCAUUAAAACAGAGAACUGUGUAAUUAGAAUUUUUUAAAGUUGUGAUCGUACAUAUUGUUCUUGUUUUUUUUUUAAUUAAUAAUAGACGGGUUUCAGUUGUUUUUUCUUUGAUGAAUUGCAAAACGACAAAACGAAAUGUAUCGACUGAUAUUUUUUUACUACACAUUUUUUUCGGCAAAUAGACAAACGGAAUGAACAUACAACUGUGAAAAGCAGACAAAAAUGAUUAUGAUUUCGAUGAAAUUGUUAAAGAAAAUUCCGUAUUUAUGAAGCAGAUCGACAGAUUGCCACAGUACUGUUCUGUUUCUUCGAUAAGAGAUAAUUGCGACAGUGAAUUUAUAAUCAAAUAUGAAAUCAACGACACAUUUGCAAAAUGGAAAUCCUCGAAUUAAUUUUGACAAUAAUGGUGAUACUGUUCGAAUGGAUAAUUCGGGUACAGUGAGUGGUGUAGCUGCUGGAAAUAUAUCAACGGCAUCAUCAAUAAACCAGACAAAGACAAAGACGAUCAGUUUAAGCCAGUCAGAGCAAUGUGGCUGGCAAAAUUCGGCAAAUGGUUUUGUUAACGGGAAUAAUAAUAGUAAUAACAAUAAAACAGCAUUAGAUCAAACGAAACCAUAUCCGAAAAAAUUCAGUGGCAACGGUCUCGAUGGUGAUUUUGAUGAUGAUGAAAAAACAAAUAGUUUUGGUCUGUCGCGGCGUGUCGAUGGAUUAUCUUCACUGAAAAAUGUCACAUCCAACGAAUUGUACAUUGAUGAAAAAAACAUAUCGUUGCAUUUGAAUAAUCCGUUCGUAACACAUUUCGCGGUUUCGUCGACAUCAUUAUCGUCAUCAGCAACAUCAUCAUCGCUGGAACAGACAAUGGUUAAUCGUAAUAUUGAUGGGCCAUUCUACAAUAGCAGCGGUGCCAGUUCAAGCACAAACAGUAUGCCUCAAUCGGCGUCUACAUCUCAGCUAAGCAAUGUGAUAAAAAGCCAGCAAUUGAAAAAUUAUGGUGCAUCUGGUAGCAAUGAAAAACAAAACGGUAGCAGUGAUUAUGGUCGAAUCAACGAUAUUGACAACAAUGUGUUACGUAACCGUCCAAAGCGGCCCCAUAGCAUAGCUGGCGUUUUAUCUCCUGCAUCGCUUUCGUGCUCAUCGAGCCCAUUUGCCGCUCGUCUAUCGGUUUUGAAUCAAAACAAAGAAGAAUUGACCAGUUUGAUAACGGCAGGAGUUAUUUCGUCUCGAACAGCCACUACAACGAUGACGUACAGCAACAGCCACUCUGUCCCAAAUACCAAUCAUCCCGUAUCGAACAAUGGUGCAAUGAAAAGCUCAAUGAACACACUGAACAAUGUGAAUAAUGGUAACCAAAAUGCCAUGGCACAAAAAGUGUUCAAUCAACCGCAAAAUAAUGAGUAUGCACAACAAGCGUCGACACAUGUAUCAUACGGUCACUUUAUAAAUAGCCCAUCUCGGUUAACAACUAAUCGACAACAGGCAACACAGGAGUUUUCAUUGUAUUCACCACCGUCUGUAACAACCACGACUAAUGUUACAUGCAUUAACAAUGCUCCCAAUAAUAAUCCACAGUCGGUGCAAACUCGACAACAGCCGCCUCCAAUAGUUCAAAGGCGCUCCCACAGCAUACCACGCACUGUACCGUCAACAGUAUUGUUGAGCAUUUCAGCUGAUAAUGCAAACAAAUCAACGCCAUCGACUGUUAAUAAUAAUAGUGGUGUGCCCGCUCGUCCUCGCAGCUUAGACCGAGCUAGUUUCAAUACGUUGGCUGCUAUGAACAAUUCACGACCACCACCGAUUCCACCAAGUCGUCGCUUUACGCAGCAAAUGCAACAAAUACAAAUACAAAAAAACAGUCCAAACUCAGAUCAGUAUCCGCCCACAUGUUCGUCGUUUCAACAACGAUCUGUGUCGACCGCAUCAGCCAGUGGAAUGCGUCAAUCGAUCACGUUUCAUGGUCAAUUGAAUCGGCAAACAACGAACACAAACCCUAGUAAUAGUAAAUUUAGUGGUAAUCAGAAUGUAAGUGAUAGCAAUACAAUGACAAGACGUAAAGCCGAUCGUCCAGUAUCGUUUGCGUACGGCACAUUGCCAGAUCAAAAUUACUUGGAAAAUCAGUUGCGUAUGUAUUCCGAACAAUUGCGUUCGAUAACAGAAAGUGUUCGAAAAUAUUCAGAGCAAGCAAAAAUUCUGUCCGAAAUGAAGCGUCAACAGCAGAUGCAAAAAAAUCGCCAAUUCGAUAUGUCAUCGCCUCAAAAGAGUACGGCAUCGCCAAUCGGCCAAGUCGAUGACAUAGCCGUAUCGUCGAAAAAUUUGCGCCUAUUUUUGGACAGUGUGCGACACACAAUGAAUGAAAUCGAACAUGUCGAACCACCACCGCCAGCCCCUAUAUCAAGUUCCUCUUCGUCCAUAAAUCAAUCACAAAAGGUGCCGUUCCCGAAAACAAAAAGUGAAAGCCACGGAAUUUCAUCGAAAACGGUGACCGAAGCCAAAACUCCAUCCGAUCAAUUGCGUCAAUUUUUGGAUGCCAUACGAUCGAAUCAAUUGCCCGAAGAGGAUCAAUCUGAUUUAAGUAGUGCAGCCGAUCGUUUCAGCAAAUUCAAAGAGAAAAUGGAACACUCCAGAUCAAAAUCAACGCCAAACUUCAAUCAAUAUAAUAAUAUGAGUACAAACGUGAACGAAAGUUUCUCGAAACUUUCGGAUAAUUUACGCAUCAUGAAUGAGGAUUUAGAAGCACUGGCUGCAGUAAGUCCACGAAAAAAUAUUCCACCACAGAAGACCACAGUCAAUACUGGUGGUAGAAUGAAUGAGGAAAUCAUGGAUUUUAAUCAAAUAUUAGAUAAAUUCUGUCAAAUGACGAAUAAUUCACAUUCCAUGGAAACAAUCGACUAUCUUCGAAAAUGUUCAGAAGCACUGAGACAUUCAUCGAAUCAACUGAAAAUUACCACCAUGAAUAGUUCCUUCUCCGAUUCGGCGGACAGCUCAUGCAGUACGACGCCCGGAUCGAUUCGUGAAGCCGUUCAAAAUUUGUUGCAGCAACCACGAAAUGGCGUUCAAAUCAUGGACGAUCGCAUGAAAUUGUUCAUCGACAUUUUGGACUCACAGUCAAAAUUCAGUCAGCUGAAUUAAUCGACAAAAAAGUGCUCGCUAAAUAAAAAUGCUCUCAAAAAAAGAAAAAAAAUUGACCACAAAUAUGGGAAAAAAAUGG